AUGCGACUAGUCAGGGCCUCUCGGGUUAUUCCCACCCCUUGCGCCCCUUCCCGGGUCUCGUCUCGCAUACUCGCCCGGGGCGCGAGAUGGAAUAGCUCCAAUGCGAGUGGAAAGACGAAGGAGCAGAGUGAGUCUAAGACUUCCAAUGCCCCGCCAGCGCCGUUUUGGACGCCGACAAAAGCUGUCCUUGUCUCCGCAUUUGCUGCGGGGUUAGGCUAUGGCUUGGCUUCGUCCAACGGGACACCAGCAAAGCCCUCUACACCUCGAUAUGGUUCAACGCAAGAUUUCGCUCGGGCCAUCACCGAUCUUAAAGCCCUCCUCGGCGAAGACUCCGUUAGCACCGAAGAAGACGAUCUCCAACACCACGGCUACUCAGAAUGGUCCAGCUUGAACGCAGAACGCCUCCCAACAGCAAUUGCAUACCCCAAAUCAACACAAGAUGUCUCUGAGAUUGCCAAGAUUUGCACCAAGUACCGCAUGCCCAUGAUUCCCUACUCGGGCGGUUCCAGUCUGGAAGCCAAUUUCUCCGCACCACACGGCGGUCUAACCAUUGACUUUGCUUUUAUGAACAAAGUCCUCGAUAUCCACCCGGAAGAUCUGGAUGUCGUCGUCCAACCAUCUAUUCAAUGGAUGGCUCUGAACGAGCAGAUCAAAGAUACCGGUCUCUUCUUCCCCGUCGACCCAGGUCCUUCCGCCAUGAUUGGCGGCAUGGUGGGUACCAACUGCAGCGGCACAAAUGCCGUUCGCUACGGUACCAUGAAAGACUGGGUAAUCAAUCUGACUGUUGUCCUUGCUGAUGGAAGCAUCAUCAAAACGCGAAGACGUCCACGCAAGACAUCAGCUGGAUAUAACAUGACAGGACUGUUUGUUGGAUCCGAAGGCACAUUGGGAAUCGUGACGGAGGCUACAUUGAAGCUGGCGCCAUUGCCAGAGCAGACUCGUGUCGGGGUUGUGGCGUUCCCGACUAUUCGGGAUGCCGCUUCCACUGCUAUGCAGUUGAUUCGGAAAGGUGUUCCUGUGCAGUGUAUGGAGAUCAUGGAUGAUGUCCAAAUGGAUGUUAUCAACCAGGCGGGUGGUACGGGUCGUGAUUGGAAAGUGUCGCCGACACUCUUUUUCAAGUUCUCUGGAACCACGGCAGGAGUGGCGGAUAGUAUUAAUUUGACCACGCAGCUUGCUCAGGCCAACAAGGCGGAAUCGUUCGAAUUCGCUAAAAAUGAGAAGGAGGCACAUGAUUUGUGGUCUGCGCGCAAACAAUCGCUGUGGAGUAUGAUGGCUCUGCGAAAGGAGGGCUCCGAGGUGUGGUCGACGGAUGUGUCGGUGCCCAUCUCGAGACUGCCUGAUAUCAUUGAAAUUUCCAAGAAAGAGCUUGUCGACCUUGGAUUGUUCGCCAGUAUUCUUGGCCACAUUGGCGAUGGAAACUUCCACGCGAGCAUUAUGUAUGAUCCAAAGGAUCCUGCCGAGCUGGCUCGUGUCAAGAAGGUCGUCUAUGACAUGGUUGAUCGUGGUUUAGAUAUGGAAGGCUCUUGCACAGGCGAGCACGGCGUUGGACUGGGCAAGAAAGGAUCACUCAGAAAGGAGGUCGGGCCAGAAACAAUAGAUGUCAUGCGCGGUGUGAAGCGCUCCAUGGAUCCCAAUUGGUUGCUGAAUCCUGGUAAGAUCUUUGAUCAUGACGACGAUGGCAAGGGUCCAGGGCAUUAG